AGCUAAUAAACACUAGUACAAGAAAACAUUUCCAAGUUAACUGGCUCUUGUUUACCAAAUAUUCUCUCCAUUUAAAAGAGAAUGUUAUAUUAUGCAAAAUGAAAAAAAAUAUUUCUAGUUUUCAAUUUAUAGUUGUUUUUUAUUUUUUUUUAAAAUUACACAGCUAAAACCAGAGAAUUUAGGAACUCUAUAAUCCACCUCAUGCUCAGCUGUGCUCCUCAGUCACGAAGUUGUGGUUGUAAAUACGGGAUCCGAGAGAGUCCACCGCGCCACCUACCGCCGCCGAGAAUGUCCACCGGAGACACCGCCCCGGCCGACGGCGGAGAAUCCGUCGAGGCUGCUCUGCGGACACUUCAAGACGUAGUGCGGAUCUCUGCCUCCGGCUUCUCCGGCGCCUUCAAAAAAGACUGCACCGACCUAGCUCGCAGAGUCUCGCUCCUUGCUCAUCUGCUCGAAGAGAUCAGAGAUUUCGACUCCAAUUCGCUCAUAACUUUGUCUUCUUCAUCUUCGUCUUCCUCCAGUUGUUGCUUUUCUGAUCUCUCUAUAGCUCUGGAAGCUGCCAAAAGAGUUCUCUGCUCAGCUAACGACAUUGAUUCUAAGAUCUCUUCUGAUGGGGUGAUAAAGAAAAUCCACUUUCAAUUCCAAUGUGUGACUUGGAAACUGGAGAAAUCCCUUGAGAACUUACCUUAUGAUCAUCUGGACAUAUCUGAGGAAGUAACAGAACAGAUUCACUUGCUUAGAUCACAGUUGAGAAGAGCCACAGAAAGAUACGGUGGGCAAAUGAAUUCAAUUACAAUAGCACGUACACUAUCAGAGCCGUUGGAUAAAGAAUUGGAUCUGCUUUGGCCGAGCAACCGGACAAUUGGGAGUUUGCACAUACAAAGCACUGGAAAUAUUGAUCCCGAGGUUAGAUUGAAGUCGGGUGGUGUUUUGGUCCCUCUGGCCAAUAGUGUGACAAAGUCGUCAUCCGUGGAACCCAGCGAAUGUGUCCCGGGGAUUUCCGGUUGUGUAGGAGAAGAAGACAAGUUGAGCGAUGAAGGUAGUGUAGAAGAGAACAAGAAGGAGAAAUCUGCUACGGUUCCCGAUGAUUUUCUUUGCCCCAUUUCCUUGGAGUUAAUGAGGGACCCUGUUAUUGUGGCAACUGGGCAGACUUAUGAGAGAUCAUACAUACAAAAAUGGAUAGACUGUGGAAACACAACCUGCCCGAAAACCCGGCAAAAACUUGACCAUCUUACCCUCACGCCUAACUACGUCUUACGGAGCCUCAUAAGUCAAUGGUGUGGAAAACACAAUAUCCAGCAGCCCACAACCCUCAUCAACCGAAGGGCAAAGAAGGGUGAUGGAUCACUCCACGAGGCCAACAGGGCCGUUUCUGCCAUUGAAGCACUCACCCGGAAGCUCUCGAGCAGGUCGCUCGAAGAACGAAGGGCAGCAGUGUCUGAAAUCCGGUCCUUGUCCAAACGGAGCACAGAAAACCGAAUUUUGAUCGCCGAGGCAGGAGCUAUCCCAGUCUUGGUUAACCUGUUGACAGCUGAAGAUGGAGAGGUUCAAGAAAAUGCAGUGACUUCAAUCCUUAACCUCUCCAUAUAUGACAACAAUAAGUCACUGAUCAUGCUGGCCGGGGCUGUUCCUUCCAUUGUUCAAGUUCUAAGGGCAGGUACCACUGAAGCGAGGGAAAAUGCCGCGGCAACGAUAUUCAGUCUCUCGCUCGGAGAUGAGAACAAGAUAAUAAUCGGCGCAUCCGGGGCGAUCCCCGCCCUCGUUGAACUCCUCCAGAGCGGGACUGUCCGAGGGAAGAAAGACGCCGCGACUGCUCUGUUCAACCUGUGCAUUUACCAAGGAAACAAGGGCCGGGCGGUGAGGUCGGGCAUCAUUCCCGCCCUCUUGGGAAUGCUGACCGACCCUAGCGGCAGUAUGGUCGACGAAGCCCUAACCAUUCUCUCCGUCCUAGUCAGCCACCACGAUGCCAAGUCGGUUUUAGCAAGCACUAACACUAUCCCCAUUUUGAUCGAUCUCUUGAGGGUUGGCCUUCCACGUAACAAGGAAAACGCCGCCGCCAUUUUGCUCUCCCUGUGCAAGAGAGACCCCGAGAACCUUUCGUCUCUUAGUAGGCUCGGCGCACUCAUACCUCUAGCUGAGCUCUCCAAGAAUGGUACUGAGCGGGCUAAGAGGAAGGCUGCAUCGUUGUUGGAACACCUGCGCAAAGCGCCACAGUAAAGAACCAUUUACCCUUUCUCUUCUCUUCUCUUAAUGCUAAUACUUGAAUAAAUCUCCAUUUAGGGUGUAACCAAUAGAAGCAUGAGAAACCAUAAAGGACAUUCUCGUCGCUUCACGUGUAUCUAUACAUCUAUCUAUAUAUAUAUAUAUAAUUGUGCUCACUUCUUCGUCUUUUUCGUCUUCGGGUGUGAGGUCUUUGGUUCAAAACUCAUUGCGAAAGCCGGUUUCUAUUAUGGCGAGAUGACAAUGCGUAUAUGCAACUUCUGAGGUAAUUCUUGUAAGUUUAAUCACCAUAGUGCAACUUGUUUUUUUAAAAAAAAUCUUUUUCUCUUUGAAUUCUGUGUGUGGGGUUUUUUUUUUUAAAUUUAAUUGUCACAUAUUUUGGAACCUCUUGUAAUGAAUGUUAAGGUUCACAAGCUUCAUCUCUCCAUGUACCUAUGUUUUCAAUACUUCCAAUUCAUGUAAUUUUGAAAUGUGAAUUGUUUUUACCCCACAAAGGUAGCCCAGAUGGGUAUUUGUUGAAGAAAUUCAUAAAGUAGUGUGCUCGUG